AUGUCACCACGACUCAUGGGGCUGCCCACACAGCUCCAACAAUUCAUCGCACGACCAUUCCAGUCGACACCACUGCAAUUCCUGGCACCCCAAUUCCAACAGGCCCGCAAUGCCUCCAUUCUCUCCUCUCUCUCCGACAAUCCCUCCGCCUACAACAAACGCAUCCGACGUGGUCGUGGUCCCGCCUCCGGCAAGGGUAAAACCUCUGGACGUGGUCACAAGGGUCAGAAGCAGCACGGAAAGGUUCCUGCAGGAUUCAAUGGAGGACAAACCGCCGAUAUUGUCGUUCACGGUGAACGAGGAGGAGUCAACAUCUUCGGCCUCGACAUGGCACCAGUAAACCUCGUCCGAAUCCAAGAAUGGAUUGACCAAGGUCGCAUCGACCCAACUCGCCCUAUCACAGUCCGCGAACUCGCCAAAUCGCGCUGCGUCCACCAAUACAAAGACGGAAUCAAGGUUCUCGGCGAGGGUUCUUCAACUCUGAAACAACCCAUCCACCUUGUCGUUUCACGCGCUAGUGCAUCCGCAAUCUCAGCUGUUGAGGCAGCUGGCGGAACCAUCGCAACUCGUUUCUACACCCGUACCGCUCUCCGACACAUUAUGGCGAACGAGACCCACCCUUUCAUUAGUAUGGCGUGGAACGUUAACAGUGGUUCCAAGGCUCUUUUGCAGGCGGAACUUGCGAACGAGACUGAGGCUGUUGAUCAGGCUGUUGUGGAUGAGAAGGCGAUUAUGCAGGCUAAGGGAUACAAGUUUAGACUUCCUGAUCCUGCGGGUCGUCGUGAGAUCGAGUAUUAUCGUGAUCCAGCUCAUCGGGGCUACCUGAGUCACUUGCUUAAGCCUCUUGAGAGUCCUAGUUUGUUCUUCCGUUCUCCUGAGGAGCGUAAGUCUACUGCUGGUGUUAAGAAGGAGAAGGUUCUGCCGCCGAAUAGACUUUGGUAG